CAAUUCCAACAGGCAAAAUCUCACAUUCAUGCUUCCCCUUUAAAAAUACUUUAACAUUUUACAAUUUACUAGAGUUAAAAGCUAGUGCAGUACUGUAUUUCCAUUAAGGCUCCAAUCUUACAAUAAUUUAAUGGCUAAGAAGCAAGUCUUCGUAGAGUAAGUAUCUAAGUUCCAUACAUAACUGAUAGGGAAAAGGAAACAUCUCUGAAUGAGAUGUUUCCACAGAGAGAUCCAGUCCAUUUAAAGAUUAGGAGCCAUAGAUACCUCUCUAUCUCCAGUUGUUAUACAGAAAAUUAAUUAUUCAAAUGACUGAAAAUAUUGGGUGAAAACAGAGGUUAACUGUAUACCUUAGCUUUCAUGCAAAUGAAAGAAACUUAGUUACUGAAAACACUUAAACUGCAAUUGGAUCUUUAUGUCUAAAAGGUAGGAGCAGUGGGGUCAGUGUCACUGUUUUUGUGGUAUAGAUAAAACACAAAAAGAUCAUCUUCUGCCUUUAAAAUACACUAGCCUUGUAAAAGCCAUGAAAAAAAGCCAUGAAAGCCAUCUAUCAGUAAUCCACAAAAUACUUUUCUCUCCUUACAAAUAAGAUUUACUGAAUAAAAUCUGUAUCAUCAUAAAUUCUUCAAAAUAAGUGGCAGUGACUCCCCAGUCACAGCUGCCCCAUUGCCUUACAUGUCUGAGAAAUACCUUGACAAGUGAAUUUUUCAUAACUGCCUUAAUGCUUAGUCUUACUGAAUCUGCUACCAAAUAGAGGCACACAUUCACAUUUUCCUCUUCCUUCUCACUGCUCUAUCUAUUACUGUUGUCAAACUGAUAAACACCAUUUUACCCACUUCUUAAAUAAGUAAAAUAACCCUUGUACCUUUUAAAAUUAAGAAACAGUGAAAUCUAUAAAACAGUGGAAGGAGCAGGUAGGAGCAAACCAUAUCUUCUGUUUUUCUCUGACAGCCUUCAUUAAUCAAAGUUAUGGAGACAUCUGCCAUGCUUUUCUUCCAAUAAAACUCUCAGGUAUCUUGAUUUGUUCUUAAUGUUAUACAAACUCUAGCAAAAUGAUCUGUCUGAUGUUAAAGUUCGGUAGCAAAUUACACAAAUAUUAUCCCUUUACAGAUUAGAAAGCCAGUGACAAAAAGACUGUGAGAUUUUCCCAUAGCUGCUGGGAAGUUUUGUAAGGAUCAGGAUCAAACCCAUAUCUGGACUCACAGACUACCCUCUCUCGGUCUCACAGUGGAGUAGGCACUAGUGGUACACUGAAUGAGGGAAUGAACAAUAGAGUUAUCUGGGUAGAGAGGUGAACUAGACUAGAAUUACUUCUAUAAUGAAGUAAAUACUGCCUUCGUAAUUAGAACAGGAACGCUUUGGCACCUUAUUUACUCUGAGAAUCAGGAGAAAGAUGGGAAAGAGGUUUGUACAGGAGAUAAUGUGAUAUGAACUGCAGAAAAAUAAAUACCUGUCUUCUUACAUUUCCUAUUUUGUUUCAUUAAGUUAGGCCUAAAAGCAUCCCAAAAUUUUACUUAGACACAGUGGCAGAGAUUGUUUUUUGGAAGCCUAAUCAUGGAAAUUUUUACCUUGUUAAAGCAUAUUUUUAGCCAAUUAUUUCCAUGUAAGUUUCUCUGUAAUAGAUUCUCUGUUUGGCUGAGGGGUGUUUGGGAAGUCCACUAGUGUCUUAAUGAAAUGUAAUUUUGAAUAACUAAGCUCUAAGUCUGUUAGAAAACCUAAAAAAAAAAAUAACUCUAUGCAAUGUUAGUCUGCUUUGUGCUGCACAACAAUUGUUAAGGUCUCUUACACAAACAUAGUCUUACAGCAUAGGACAGAAAAUAGUGUUUGUACUGUGUUUGCGUUUCCUCGGUGACAAAUUUGGUAGCUUGGCUAAUAAAAGGAAGGGUGAAUUUAAUAACAUUGUAACCAGAAAGGACUUUCUGCAAAGCAUCUCAAAGGCUCAAUUUCUAGCAAAAAAUGAAAAAAAAAAAAAAAACAGGCCUGUAAAUGGAUCAUUUUGAUAACCACUUUCCCACUUUCCUCUGACCUAGUCCUACUGUUGCUGGGCUACUGAAUAGGUAGAGGCCAAAGCAAUCAUGCGUUUUGGGUAGCCAUAAGACAUUCAUUAAUGUGCAAUUGCUUUCUCCUCAAAAUCUCUUUCUUUGAUGUAUCCCCAGUAAAUCUGAUACUACCAGACUGCAGGCUAUCUACUAUAGAAGGGUAUGGUGCUACUAAAUUAUACCAAAGAAUGAUCCCUUCUUCAAAGGAGACAAGCAGAUAAUUUAAUUAGGAAGGUUUAAAAACAACAACAAAAAAAUGAGUUUCCUAUCUUAAAAUAACACCAAACCUCCAGUUCUUGCCUAGCUGCUGACUGAGUGUAUAAUCAUGCAGCAUGACCUCUCUUCAGAGUGCUUUUCAGGAUUUGCUGGUUUUGAUUGUUUUUAGUAUGAGCUCCAUCCUACAACAUCUAGAUCCUAUUUAACUGUGCACAGUGACACCGAAGUCAAGGUAGGCAGAAACCUAAGGGCCUUAAGACCUAAACCAAGGGAGAAAACUAAUAUCCUCUUCCUAUAAGGCACCGUUAAAUGCAUAGUAUUUUUAUGUAGACAUAAGAGCAUAUGCAAAGGAACUGAACAGAAAAAAAUAAAUGCUGUAAAAGGACAUACAUUUUGAAAUAGGAUUUUAAACAAAAGAAUGAAAAAACAUGAUUUUUUCAUAUUUAUCCAUUUACAUAAAGUUAUGCACUCUAUUUUGUUCCUUGAAAAAUUUCCACAUGGAUAGGAAAGAGAAGGAAGAAAAACAACCAAUACAUUCAAAAGACUAAUUUUGAAUUCGGGAUCAUUAGAAUUGCUAGCAUAAACAACAGCUGGCAAAUUAUGAGAAAUUAGAAGGGAUGAAUUGAAUAUUGGAAAGAGACAAACUGAAAGUUUUCAGAAUAAAUCACAAAGAUUUAAAUUUAUCAGAAAUGAGAAGCACAUCAAAGUUAAGACAGGCAAGAGCUAAAGAGAACAAUUAAAGAAGGGGCUCCACAGUCGAAGCCAUCAGCCUGUGCAAGCCCCAGUGAGCACAGCCCUGCCGUGAUGGUGGAGAGCCAGGGACGUGCCCGACAUGCCUGCAGUGUCUCUGAUGAAGAGCUGGAUGAAAGAGUUGACAUCAUCGUCGCUGCAGUCCUACUCCACUCUGUAGCCAUCAUCCAGGUAGCCCUAAGCAAGGCAGCAAGUGCUCCCUGGGUCACAGUGCCCACGGUGCCUCCUCCCACACCAGAGCCUGCAGAAUGUACGUCCUCGGCCUCUGCCUUGGCCAGAGGCCCUGUGGGGGAGGCCAAUGAAGCCCCUCUCGCUGCAGCAGCAGCGCCACAAGAAGAAGGUGGAGAAGGGGCUUCUCCUUUGGCUGCAGAGCCUCUCCAGGAGCCCAGCACAGAUGUCCGCCCAGCAGCAGCUGACAAAGCAGGAGCAGCAGCCACUCCCUUGGUUCCUGGGCACCAGGUGGCCAUCGAGCAGGGAGGCCAAGCGCAGUCCUCCUCCUGCACCAAAGAUAUGCCAGCGGAUGAGCCAGCAACAUCCCAGACACAAGCACCGUCCCAGGAUCUGUUGGCCGGGCCUGUUCAGCGCAGCGAGCAGCACCAAGCACAAGGAACCCUUGACCUCGCACAAGCCUCGGCGCGCCAGCCACGGCCCUCCCGCAUCAGGAGGGCACUUCGCGCGCUGCGCAGGGCUUUCUGCUGCAGCUGCAUCGCAGGAAAGCGAGAGUAGCCGCGCCCGGCUGUGCCAGUCCUAGCAGGAUGCUCGGAGCUGGCAGCUGGCCCUCAGGAAGCUUUGCAGUGCCCACGGAAGCAUCACUGCGAGGCACAGGACAGCGCCCCAGGAAUUCAGAUGCCCCACCACAUCCUGCCCCCAGCCUCAGCUCAGCUGUGGAUGCUUUCUGCUCAGAAUAAAAGCUCAGGCAGACUUUUGCCCCCAGUGCUCCUCUCUGUGCCGUUGAUCUCAGGAGAAAGAGUGGUGCAGGCCAUGCCAACCCGGGACCUCUCACAGUAAGAGAAGUACAGAAUCAUAGAAUCUACCACUGAACCGUGUCCCUCGGCACCAGAUCUACACGGCUUUCGAAUGCCUCCAGGGAUGGUGACUCAACUACUUCCCUGGGCAGCCUGUUCCAAUGCUUCACAACCCUUUCGUUGAAGACUUUUUGCCUAAACCUAAACCUAAAUCCACCUAAACCUCCCGCGGCCCCACUUUUUCCUCUUCUCCUACCGCCUGUGGAUUGGGAGAUGGGACUGACCCCCAUCGCACUACAACCUUCUCUGAGGUCCUUGUACACAGUGAUAAGGUCUCCCCCAAGCCUCCUUUCCUCUAGGCUACAUAACCCCAGCUCCCUCAGCACUCCUCACACGACUUGCUCCCUGGGCCCUUCGGCUGCUCCUUUCCCCUUCCUUGGACAUGCUCCAGGACCUCCACGUCCUUCCUGCAGUGAGGGCCCCAAAACUGAACAGGGUAUUCAUGGCGCGACCUCACCAGAGCUGAGUGCAGGGGGAGAAUCAGGUUCACAAACCACGCGAUGCUUACUACUAUACCAUAUAUGUACAAUUUUAUUUGACCAACC